AUGACCCAAGUAAUUCAAAGUUAUGAAUUGCUACUUCAAAAGUUGGUGAGCAAUCAUAUCGGAAGUGAUUCCUCUUCUUCCUCAACGACUCUAGAUUCCGUUGAUUUGCAAUUACUGUAUCAAGAUUCCUAUCCAACAAAUAUUCAUGUUCCAGUAUUUUCCGACCUCUCUUCUUUGGAGAGAAAUUGCUUUGUUUUUUCUCAGUCCAUUCUUUCGGGAGGACAAAUUAAGUAUUAUGAACAACAACUAUUGAAUUAUCUUCAAGCAAGUUUAAGGUCGGAGGAAAACCUUCAAAUUGAUGGAAUAUAUGAAAGGACGUGUGAUGCAGGGCGGACCUCUCAUCUCUAUUUUUCAACUGCUUGCCGAAAUAAUGUAAAGCUGAACAAAAAAACCGAAUUGUUGCAAGGGUGGACAGGAGAAGUUUUCAAUUUGGAGCGAGUCUUGUUCAGUAAGGAUAUUUUGAUAAACAAAGAAGAACGUUUGAAGUUUACGGUCAAAACAUUUCUCUCCAUAUGCAAAGCUUUGAGUGAACUGCACUCAUGUAAUAUUAGUCACAACAGUAUCCUACCAAAGAAUGUUCUAGUGCUUGCGAAUGAUCUGCAACAAAUCCUUAAUGCAGAGAUUAUUCUACAAAUACCAAGUUUUGGUCUUGAAACUAUUAGAGACACUUUAAACGACGAACAUGUCACAUAUUUUUCAAGACAAGCAUUUGAGAAUGACAAUGAACCAUUCUCCACAUCUAAUGACAUUCACAUGCUAGGAACAAUGAUUCUUGGUGUACUGUUUAAGGAGGAAAUUGAUCCAAAGUUACUCGAUAUCGACGAUUGGAAGAAUGAAAUGCAAAAUAUUAAAGACAGAGUAUAUAGAGCGUUAAACCCUGAAGGUUUGCACAGUGACUCAAUUGACGUUCAAUUGGAAGUGGUCUUGAAGAAGAUUCUAAAUAUUGCCUUAGAUUGUUUGUCUCCUCAUGAACAAGACAGGCCAAGCAUUUCUGAUGUGUUACAGAUUUUUACAAUCUGUCAAGAAAAAUUGUCUGAUCAUGACAAUGAACGAGCUGAGUUAAUGCCUUCAAGAAAACCCAAACCACAAGUAGCCACCAAAGCCAACAUUGUUGUUCCAGCAAUUGAUUACAAUGAUGAUAUUAACACAAGAACAAGAUCAGACUCCAUCAAUUCUGAGACAUCAGGACGAAAAUCUAGAUCGUGGAAAGCAAUCAUCAAACCUUUCACGAAUUUAUUUGUUAAGAAAACAAAAAAAGACGUAGAAGAAGGAGAGAAAAAGAAAGUACAAUACGAAAUCUUGAACAGACUUAGCGAUGGAGCUUCGGCAGUGGUACUUUUGGCCACCAAUAAGGAAAACAACGAAGUUUGUGUGAUGAAAAAAUACAAAGACGGUGCCUUCAGAGAUUACGAAAGAGAAGUCGAGUGUUUAAAGUUGUUCCAACAUCGAAGUGUUGUCAAAAUGUUGGAUCAUUAUUCAUACGAAGAAAUUGACGAUGCCUCCAAAAAGAAGAUGCAGUCACACGUUGUCAUUCUUGAAUACUGUAAAUUUGGCGAUAUGUUCACUCAGCAAAUAAGUUUUGUGAGCACUAAAGGCAAGAAAGUCAAGUACAUGAGACCGCUCAAAUAUUUGAAGACGUGUAUUGAUUUAUUGGAAGCUUUAGAAUGUGUUCACAUGAAAGGUUAUGUUCAUAGCGAUAUUAAGCCCCAAAAUAUAUUAAUUUCCCAUGAAGGUGUUAGGUUAGCAGAUUUUGGUUUUUCUGUCAAACAAGGACAAGCAAUAUUGGGAGGAACUUUGCGAUAUCUACCCCCCGAGCACCAUGAAGGACAACCCUCACAUGCCGGAAUUGAUGUGUACAGCAUGUUUUAUUCACUUUUUGAAAUUUUAAGCAAAAAGAAGGUCAACUUUCAAGUUUCUUCUUCUUCAGAGGAUGAUUUUGUGAGAAUAUGGCAAGAAAAUCUAAAGACCAAUCCUUAUUUCACAUUAUUCAACACGAAAGGGAAAUCGCUCAACGCCAGCGCACACUACGCUCAUCCACUCGUAGAAUUAUUUGAAAAAUGUCUCGACCCUAAUCCUGCAAUGCGACCUUGCACAGCGGAAGCCCUCGAAGUCAUGAAACACAUCCACCGAACGCAUGCCGCAAUACUCAUUCAAAAAACCAUGCGAGGACAUUUGACACGAAAAAGAUUCAAGAGUGUUCAUGAAAAGUAA